CCGGACUCUUUAACGCCACGGACCGAACCCGGAAAAGCCCCAACUUUAGACAUGCUACUUCCGCCCGACUUGCGGCUUUAAGUCGUCAUCAAAAGUCAUGUUUACUCUGAAAAGUCUGCAGAAGAGCAGGACAUUUAAAUACGGAAUACCCAUGCUCCUGCUGGUGGUCGGAGGUUCUUUUGGCCUGCGGGAGUUUACGCAGAUUCGAUAUGAUGCCCAGAAGAUCAAUAGAAAGUUGGAUCCUUCACUGGAGGCCCGAGUGAGUAAGCAGGACCAGUCGCGUGUCUUGGAGAAUGAGUAUGAGAAGAUGAAGGGGGCCAAUUUGGACGAGUGGAAGAACAUCCGGGGCCCUCGGCCCUGGGAGAACUCCAAGGAUUUCCAGGAGCAGCAGCGCAAGACGCAAAGAUAGGAUCCCACAAACCAAGACCUGAGGACUCAUUCCUGGUCUCCUGACGGACAUUCUCUGAGGACGCUCUGGGGGACAACAUUUGUAGGACACAAAUGGUAAAUAACUAAAGAUUAGGGAUAUCCCGAUCCAGGUUUUUGCACUUCCGAUCCGAUACCGAUACCGGCUGAUACUGGCAUGUAUUAAAGUUCAAAGUUAUUUAGCCUACUUUGUUGUCAGAUUCAUGCUGAAAAGGAUUUUAGUACUCUUGAUAACAACUAGCCAGCUGAGUUUGAAUAAUACACAAUAGUUGGUAUUCAAGGAUAAACACAAAAUAUCAAAAAUUAUACAUGACAAACAGAAAUGGCAUCGUUAAACAGUAAAAAAGUGAACAGUAUAAAGUGCAAAUAAUGCUGUAAACAUUAAAAACAAGCAAAACACAAACAACCUGAGUGGGAUAAAAUAUCUAUAUCUCAGUAUCAAUACUUGCUCUUGAACAAGUGUAAACUUUAAAAAAAAAUAAAAAUCUACACUCUCCCUUCAAUUGUUUGCCACAGUCAGAGGGGGGGGGGGCAAACAAUUGAAGUCCAAGCAUAAUGGGGAGAUUCUUUCUAACAUAGGCGGGCACUUCAAGAUGCUCAGGUGUCAGCCUGCUCCUGUGGUCAUCAAUGAUGAGUGCUAAAAAGUCUCUCACUCUCAAAAGUCAUUCAAAUGUCUUACAACUUUACCACCACGCUUGACUUUACUAUGGCAUGUUUUGCACUCCACCUCUUCAUCUCAUUCGUUUUGUUGGAUAAAAUAAUCCCACACAGCUGACAUUUUUACCAUAACUUUUAAUUCACACGGCCGUCUGGACGGUUAGAACGCAGACCUGUGGAUGUUUUGAAGGUGUGCUGGAAAAUGCCGAACGGAGUUUAGGGAGCAGCAGAAGAGUGGAAUGUAUUAUUUAAAUUGGUGCGUGGAAAAACACGGACCGGAGUUGUUUUU